GUUAACCGUGACAUUAAUGGCCUAGUAGUGGUUUUCGCCGAGCACGUCAUGUCAAGACUUUGACGCCAUGAGACGGUUGGGCCAGAUUCAAGUUAAUAACUAAAGAUCCUCGUGCAAGUCGAGAACAAGAAACUUCUCGCUUUUGCCGAUAUUCGUGUCAGCAAGCGCACGACGAGUUUCACAUGCGGGCCGCCGCCUCAAUUAUAUGAUACUGCGAUAUAUAUUAAUCUUGAUAGUCCUCUCAGGUGAGCGAUAUCAUUAUUAAUACUCUUGUCUACAACGAUGUCGACUGCCUAUGAGACGGUGCCAGCUGGGUCUUACGCAUAUACUAACACACUCGAGGGUGUUUACUACGGGCCCAAGUGCGUUGAAACCGCACUCCCAGAACUUUUGGGCACUCUUGGAGCCAAACGAGCGCUUAUCGUAACAGGAAAGUCUCUCCGCGACAAGACUGGCAUUGUGGAAAAAAUCGAGAACAUCCUGAAGAAAUCCAAUGCAUUUGGUGCCACUUUCUCGGAAAUCGGGGAGCAUACCCCUGAGUGUCCGUUGGUGGCGGGUUCUCCCAUCGAUGCGUCAAAGGCUAUUAUUUUCAGGCUCCAGCAACAAAGAGCACAAGAAAUAUCUGGCAAAGAGCCGGAGUUCUUUCGGCAAAUCGCAAUACCAACAACCCUGAGUGCGGCCGAAUACACGAGUAGUGCAGGUUAUACCAAUAAACAGGGUCGACAAGAGCUGACUCUUUCAACACCUGAACAAUUAUGGCUUUCUUCUGGCGUGCGUGCGCUGGACCAUGCAGUUGAGAAUCUAUACAGACCUGGAGUGCCCCUACCUAUGAAAAAGCUAUGCCACGCUGCCAUCGCCGAUCUUUUCCGUUUUCUCGUGUUAUCAAAGAAAGACAGCAAAGAUCUCGUCGCCAGGCAAAGGCUGCAAGUUGCGUCGUGGAUGAGCUUAUGGCCGCGAAAGCUUGAAGUGCACCGCCCGAUAGGAUUAUCACACACGCUCGGUCAUAAGCUUGGGGCAACCUAUGGGAUACCGCACGGCAUCACCUCGUGCUUGACGCUUGCGCCGGUCGUCAAUCUACAAGCGGAAAUAGCAAGCCAAGAGGACAAGGAGUACCUUGCUGAAGCCUUAUUAUAUCUCAGAGAGCCAUCAACUGGGUCUGUAGACGGGGAUGUCAGGAAACUGUCGUCCAUGAUCACUAGCCUUGUACAAGAGCUCGGGCUGCAGAGGACGUUGAGCCAAUAUGGCGUGCCAACGGCCGACAUUGAACAGAUCGCGAUCCGUGCAGUUGGUCAAGAGGAUGAAGAGUUGCUUUCAAAGGUAAAGAUUGUUUUGGAGAGCAUCUACUGAUUCAAGUCCUGCUCGUUAUCGAGUAUGAUAAACGCCACCAAUGUAAAUAUAUGCACGAGCCACACUCAACUAUUUUUUUUGCAACGCCGGCC